GAUUUCACGACUGGCAGCUUAAUUCGCCGCCGCCGUCAGUCAACCCCUAGCUGUGCUACUGCGAACCAUCCUUCAAUCACAGUCCUUCCUCUCCACACUACACUACCAUCCGCCGCUCCUCUAACCGCCUCGUGUAACCUCACUUUCCUUCCACAGCACCCUCAUCACCAUCCUUUCUGUCCCACCUCUCACAACCGCCACCCUGACCUCCCAAGACUGGUCUUGACCACCGCUGCCAAAAUAUGGCGGACGAAACGCAGCACGACGCGACGGUCAGACAGGCCGCGAUGCUGGCCGACGAGACGGGAGAGACCUCUGAUACCGCCUUCGACGAUGCGACAGCAGCAGCAACAGCAACCGCCGGCGGCGGAGAACAACAACAGCAACAGUCAGCUUCGUCGCUCGCUGCUAGGAGACCAGCAGGCCACGUCCACUGGGGCGGCGCGCAGCCGCUUAGUGGAGGACGUAUCCAAGUCGGCGAGAAUGGACCCACCGUAGUCGUACGCGGCGCCAGCAAUCCCAGCGGAGUGCUGCGAGCCAAUCAUCCCGGUCCUCUUCAUCUAUCGUCACGAUUGGGAGGAGGAGGAGGCGGCGGCGGCGGCGGCGGCAACAAGCAUGACGAUCACGGAGAGGAAAUGACCGUUGCCCCGCAACCGGAGAAAGCUCCUCAGCCUGCUCAGCCAACGCAAUUGGCACUUACUGGUGCUCAUGGGCUCGAUGAGGAGGGACUUGACAAUCGUGCCUUUCUCGAGCUUCAACGCGAGCUGCAACGCCACGAGUCGCAGGGCGGUGACGCUGCUGCUGCCGCUGUUCAACCCGUCAGACAACGACCUCGUCGCUACCAAGGCGGUGAGACGCCAGACUGGGCCGUGUCUGGUCCCUCCACGCCAGGUGGCACAUCCGACUCUGGUAGCUACGAUGCUGCAGCGGACUCAGAUCUUGACCACAUCGACUUCAUGGCCGGUGAGGUGGAUGGUAUGCCAGCCAAGCCAAGACGCAAAAAGGGCGUCGACGAAGAAGAAGAAGGCGUGUCCGGAUGGGCAAAGCUACGCACGCUCAUGGGCCGCGUCAAGUCGCCGAAUCAGGAUCCCGAGGCGGCAGAAUCGUCCGAAAAGACUCGUCCGCACGAGGAAGGCGGACCCACCAACCUCAAGAGCGUACCCGUCACAACGUCCAGCGGUCUUCGUCAAGGCCCACGCACCAAGCCUUCCAAGUAUGAGCGCGAGGCUGCCAAACUCAUCCGAGCCCACAAACUCAUGCGAGGCCAGGCUGCAGACUCAGACGAUGAAGGUCCUGAGGUCAUAGCCGGCCUCGGUCGCAUGCCCAGCAAGAACCGUCGCCACCUUGAUUCCGGGGCUUCGACGCCAGACGCGAUGGAUACGGCAGCCAACCUUGAUGCGCGCCCAGUCCAUGCAGGUGGCGUGCUGGGCAACAUUCUCAAGCUAUACGAGCAGCAGCAGCGCGAGGAACGCGAUCGUACCGCCGUAUCCAGCGGCGUCAGCUCCAUGGGCGCAACUACCCCCGAGAGUGGCGGUGGCGAGCGUCUCAACGAGAUGGUGGCCAACGGUCUGCAAGACGAAAACCGCGCAGCAAUGGCAGCCGGCUCCGCGCCCGUGGCUGACCCUCAACGACGUCCCGUUGUUGGUGGCGGCACCACCUCCCCAUCUGACCGUCGCAAGAGCUGGAAUCCUUCUCUCGCCACUGGAGGCGCUCUCGCUGGCGGAACCAAGUUUGCGGGCCAAGCUGCAGCCAAGUCGCUCCGCUUUGCCGCAAAUGAGGUCGGUAUCGAAGACAUGACCGACGAGCGUCCCAAAGCCUCCCGAUCCGCAGGCGGUGUCGUGGGUGGCCUCAUCGCCACGACGGGUAAUCUCAUCGGCGCCGUUAGCCCUUACCAUGCUCAGCUCGGCCCAAACCCAAAGCGACCUGGCUACACUCUGGAUCGCUACCUCCUGCCCGAGAUGAACGCAAAGACCCUCAAGCGUACCGCCGAAGCGGUCGCGAGCGCCGCACCUCGCCCCUCUCGCCGCAGCCAAUCCCAACCGGGCACACCAGGUCCACGCUCGCCCAGCUCACCAGGUGUAGUCAUGGGUCGACCCGAUGGAAAUGCCUCGUCUGAGACGCAGGCUGUGACCCCCUCGACGGAGAAGUUCGGCGGCAACGGCCAUGCCAAUGGCUACUCUGCUCCCACUCACACACGCAAGCAUUCAGGCAACAUUCUCAACAUCCCUGGCCACGGCUUCCAUGCUCUCAAGACGUGGAAGACGGGCGCUUCUGCCGUGAACACACCCGAUGUUGGCAGUGCCAACGGCCACGGUGGCGACUACUUCGGUAGCGCGGAAGAGGAUGCUGCGUUGGCCAAGGCGGAGUGGCAGCGUAAGAUCAAGAAGCGCAACAAGGACAAGAGGAAGAAGGAGGAAAUCUUCAUCACAAUGCACGUCGCGGCCAUUCUGCAACGUCAAGAAUUCCUCCUCAAGCUCUCCCGUGCUCUCAUGAUGUUUGGCGCCCCCACGCAUCGCAUCGAGACGCAGAUCCAGCAAACGGCCCGCGUCCUCGAGAUCAACUGUCGUUGCAUUUACCUGCCCAACCUCAUGCUCUUCGCAUUCGGAGACGAUGCGACGCACACGUCGGAGACCAAGUUCAUCAAGCAGGGCGGUGGGCUGGACUUCACCAAGCUGACUGAUAUGCACACCAUCUACUGGAAUGUCAUUCACGACAAGAUCGGCGUAGGCGAGGCGUCUGCCCAGCUUGACGAGCUGAUGCGCCGUAAGCCACUCAUUGGGCGAUGGCCCAUGGUGGUCAUUGGCGGCUUCUGCUCUUCCUUCAUCUGCGUCGGCCCCAUGGGUUUCAACGGCUCCUUCAUCGAUGCGGUUAUGGCCUUCCCUCUCGGAGCCUUCCUCGUCUUUUCCCAGUCGGUCAUCACGACGGAGCUGUUCAGCAACGUCUUUGAGAUCGUCUUCGCAUCGCUCAACUCCUUCAUCGCCUCGGCUGUCGCCUCCACGGGCAUCUUCUGCUAUGCAGGUGUAGUAUCAGGCGCAAUUGUCCUCAUCCUGCCUGGCUUCAUCGUCCUCUCUGGCUCUUUGGAGCUGCAGUCCAAGAACCUAAUCGCGGGCUCGGUCAGGUUGGUGUACGCAAUCAUCUACUCCCUCUUCCUCGGCUUCGGCCUUUCCAUCGGUUCUUCAUUCUGGGCCCUCUUCUCCGGCGCCAACAAUCGCGGCUCCGUCUCGACCUGCGACUCGGUACACAAUCCGGACGUGUGGUGGCAGCGCAACGUGCCCCUCAUCUGGGCCCUUCUCACCGUGCCAAUGUACUCGACCUGUCUCUCCUUGCGCAACCAGGCCAAGGUGAACAGAAAGGAGUUCCCUGCCAUGGUGCUUAUCGCCUGCGCAGGCUGGGCCUGCAAUCACUUCGCCUCUACCGCUCCAGCUCUCUCUGGUAGGCAGGACAUCACGUCUGCCCUUGGAUCGCUGGCCGUGGGCAUCCUCUCCAACAUCUAUGGCCGCAUCUUCGACGGGCGAUCCUACGUCGUGGCCGUCACGGGUGUGCUGUACCAGCUUCCCUCUGGUCUUUCCAACGGUGGACUGCUCAACUUUGCCAGCACGACGAAUAGCUCGACGAGCAACUUCAACUCCGGGUUCACCGUCGCUCAGUCCUUGGUCGAGGUCGCACUGGGCUUGACUGUGGGGCUGUUCGCAUCCACAAUCUUGGCCUACAUUCUUGGAGGCAGGAAGCAGAGGAUGGGUGGCCUCUUCUCGUUCUGAGCCAGCCUGCCCUCACAGCGUUGCACCUUGCGACCCUCAUCACAUACGAACAUUCACGCCUCCGAUGACCCUCAAUCAAGACGGCUUCCUCGCCUCCCCUUUGCUCUCUUUGUUUAUAGAUGGCCCUGGCGGCCAGAGCUUCUUUCCUCACUCUCUCUCUCAUAUCGUAGCAUACGAGACGCCCC